CCAAAUAAACUCCCUCCACUCUCGUCUACCCCACAUCCGGCGUCUCUUUAUAUGCACUUCCUUCUUGCACCUAAACUCCUCAACUGAGGAUUUCUGAUAAUAGCACUAGGGUUUUCUUUGCUGCUGUGCUUCAAAAACCCGUCAUUUCCCAGAAUCCCAGGAACUUAUUGUUAUUUUAUCUUUCAUUAUACAUUGUCUUUGCUGUGGCAGCCAUGGAAUUGGAGAUGGAAACAGUGAUCAGCGAACUAGAAAAGAAGGAGGUCCAGAUGAUCCAAUCAAUCGUUGGUUCUGAGGUUUCAGAAUCGGACGUCCAGAAAGCUCUCUCUUGCUGCAACCACAAUGCUGAUGCCGCCGUCAACUACAUCCUUGAUAACCAUCUGCCCUCCGAUGUUCGAAAGACGGUCACCGUCACAGGUGCCCGGAUUUCAGGCCCCAUAAAGGUGGAAAACAGAGAAGAGUUGAAAGAUUCGGAAUUUCCCGAGAAGGGUGUGAUUAAAAUCCCUAGUGUAGGGUCUGAUGAUUUUCGUACGAAGCUAAACGAACAGAAGGUGGAGAAAAACGAAGAGGAAAAACUGAAUAUUUCGGAAGUGGAAGUUGAUAGCAAGGCUAUAGUGGUUGCUGGACCUGCUCCAAGCUUUGAGAGCAGGGUGGUUGCGAAAGAAGAGUCACAAGAGGUUAUAUAUGUAGAACCAAUAUCGGUGAGGGCUCCUUUGAACCCUAAGAAAGAUAUGGAGAGAAUUCGGAAUAGGCCUCCAUUUGGGAAGGCUGAGAAGAAAGUGGAAAUGGCUCUUAGUGCCAUAUUGAUUGAGGAUGGAGAUUUUCCUGAUGAGGCCGAUUGGUUGUUGGUUGGGAGGAACAUUGUCACCGGGCUUUCAACUACAAAAGGAAGGAAGUUGGAGAACAAUGAGAUUGUUCACUUUGCUUUUCCUGGGCGCGAUUCAGUCAGGUAUUCUAAAGGUGCUUCGUCUAUUGUCAGGUUCUCAACCAAACGAUUCGGAGAGAUUGGCCGCCUUCCAAUGGAAUGGGCAAAAUGCCUUAUUCCACUUGUGAAUUCCACAAAGGUCAAGGUUCGUGGAAGAUGUGUAGCCGCACCAACUAAUCUUCAACUGAUGCAAGAGAUCAUGUUAUAUGUUAGUUUCUACAUUAACCGGUCGGUGUUCACCGUUGGUGACAAGUCAACUUGGAGGCUGGACUCCCCUUCAGAGAUUGACACCACAACAUACCCACUUUUAACUCUCUUUAAGCUGUUGAAAAUCAAUCCUUUUCAGCAGGCCGAUUUUAAACCAGAAGAUCUUGAUUCUCGCAAACGCUCCCUAAACUCUGAAGGUUAUUUGGGUGAAGCUGGAUUGGUCUUGCCUAUGACAAAACGGAUAAAAGGCUGCUCACAGAGCAGGGAGCAGGGAGAGAAUGAACAGACCAUUCCAGAAUCUACACUAAACAAACUUGUUGGUGCUGCAGAGAUGUAUGACCUUAAGGAAAUGGAGCCUCCCGGAACACUUGUGUGCAGCCUGAGGCCCUACCAGAAGCAGGCUCUUUACUGGAUGUCUGAAUUGGAGAAGGGAACUGAUGCAGAGCAAACGACCAAAACCUUGCAUCCGUGUUGGGCAGCAUAUAGAAUUUGUGAUGAGAGGGGCCCUGCUAUUUAUGUGAACAUUUUCUCUGGCGAAGCAACUACCGAAUUUCCUUCUGCGUCUGAAACAGCACGAGGAGGAAUUUUAGCAGAUGCAAUGGGCCUUGGGAAAACUGUAAUGACUAUUGCUCUAAUACUUGCAAGACUGGGAAAGGGUAUCCCUGAUAAUCUAGAGCCUCUUGUUGAGGAUAUGGCUAUUGUUAAGCAUUCGAAUAGCAGUGGGGAUGGCAAUGCAAAUAACAGAAGGGUUAAAGGUGGCACUCUCAUAGUGUGUCCUAUGGCAUUACUUGGUCAGUGGAAGGAUGAACUUCUAGCCCAUUCAAAGCAGGAUAGCAUUUCUGUUUUUGUUUAUUAUGGUGGCACCAGAAGCAGUGACCCUAGAGCUAUAGCAGAACCAGAUGUGGUCUUGACAACAUAUGGCAUCCUAACUGCUGCAUAUAAGUCUGACGUGGAUAAUAGCAUUUUUCAUAAAGUUGAUUGGCAUCGAAUCGUUCUCGAUGAAGCACACACUAUAAAGUCAUGGAAAACUAUGGGAGCUAAGGCUGCAUUCACAUUGUCUGCAUAUUGCAGGUGGUGUCUUACUGGUACUCCUCUUCAGAAUAAUGUUGAAGAUCUUUACAGUCUCCUGUGUUUCUUGCAUGUUGAGCCAUGGUGUAAUUGGGCAUGGUGGAACAAAUUAAUACACAAACCUUAUGAGAAUGGUGAUCUGAGAGCACUAAAACUGAUCAAGGCAAUUCUCAGGCCACUAAUGCUAAGGAGAACAAAGGAAACAAAGGACAAGGAAGGAAGGCCCAUUCUUGUGUUGCCACCAACUGAUAUUCAAGUCAUUGAGUGUGAACAGUCAGAAGAAGAGCGUGAUUUCUAUGAUGCCCUCUUCAAGAAAUCAAAAGUCCAGUUUGAUCAGUUUGUAGCACAAGGCAAAGUUCUUCACAACUAUGCAAACAUUCUUGAGUUGCUCCUUCGCUUGAGGCAGUGUUGUAACCACCCUUUCCUUGUAAUGAGUCGCGGUAAUACAGACAAAUAUGCAGACUUAAGCAAGCUGGCACGACGGUUCCUAGAAAUGAACCCAGAAUCUGCCUCUCAGCAGUUGCCCACUCGAACCUACGUAGAAGAGGUUGUUAAUGAGAUUCGUAAAGGCGAGAACACAGAGUGUCCCAUAUGCCUUGAGUCUGCAGAUGACCCAGUGCUCACACCCUGUGCACAUAGAAUGUGCAGAGAAUGUCUUUUAUCAAGCUGGCGAUCCCCAGCUGGUGGGAUGUGUCCAAUCUGUCGCCGGACGCUGAAUAAAAAUGAACUGAUCACCUGUCCAUCUGCAAAUAAGUUCAGAGUUGAUGUUGAGAAGAACUGGAAGGAGUCUUCAAAGGUGAAAAAACUAUUGGAUUGCUUACAGUGCAUAAGCCGGUCUGGUUCUGGCGAAAAAAGCAUUGUUUUUAGCCAAUGGACAUCAUUUCUAGAUCUUUUGGAGAUUCCUCUGAAAAGAAAUGGGAUUGGGUUUCUAAGAUUUGAUGGGAGAUUGGCACAGAAACAAAGGGAAAACAUUUUGAGAGAGUUCAGCGAGACUCACGAGAAAAUGGUUAUGCUCAUGUCUCUGAAAGCUGGAGGAGUGGGUUUGAAUUUGACAGCAGCCUCAAAUGUCUUUCUAGUGGAUCCAUGGUGGAAUCCUGCAGUUGAAGAACAGGCAAUAAUGAGAAUCCAUCGGAUCGGCCAGAAGCGAACGGUUUGCGUUCGGAGGUUCAUUGUUAAGGACACUGUGGAAGAAAGGAUGCAGCAAGUGCAAGCUAGAAAGCAGAGGAUGAUCGCCGGAGCCCUGACUGAUGAAGAAGUCCGGUCGGUCAGACUGGAAGAGCUGAAGAUGCUUUUCCGAUGAGGUUUCAUGAUCAAGUCCUUCUUGUUUCAAUGUGGGGGGGUGGAUAGAAUCUGCAGAGUGGACUACACUGCAUUUUGUUUAGUACUACUGUGUGUACUAUGCGAUAUUCCACCAAAUUUUUGUAAAAAAAAAGGUAGUAAUAGUCUAAUAGGUAGUGGUGACUGGUGAAUGGACUUAGAUUGUCCAUCAAUUUAAUGAUGGCUUCCUCUUUUGUACGAACAAUGGUAUUAGUUCAGGCUGUUCGGCGCAGUACAUGCACCUUCGCAUUAUUAGACUGCAUAU